UCGUCCGAUAUUUCUUUCCUCAUUCGCACGCAAGGAUGGCUGCUCGCUGCAGGCUGGCCCAGUAAUGGCGGACGGACGCGCUGUGUUGCAUCAGACCCCAUUUUCCCGCCCGCGUCGCCGCCUCAGUCACGGCCAGGUGCUCAUUUGGCUUUGACUGAGCCCCAAACGUCCAAAACGACCUUGAAUCGAGGCGGCGACGGUGAUUGGCUCGCGCUCGCACUUCCUGGUUCGGCCCAGUGUGCUGUUGCUAGCCUCGUAAGGACGGUUCUGCACACUUGGAGUGUUUUGCGGCGCAUGUUAAUGAAAACAACUUUAUUGCUUUGAUCACUACUACACUCACACACAAGCCCCUCCCCCAUCGUGGCGAAUAUCAGGACGAAAACGCGUACCCACUCCCACACGUUUCAUCAUCAGCUGAGCCCCCUCUCCUCCACUCACAGCUCGACCCCCAGACUCCCCCUUCUUUUUCUAUCCAUCGCCGCCUCCUCCUCUUCGUCGUCUCUGCCUGGGUUCCAGCCACAUGCGAGAGGGUAGACUAGGACACAGCAGCUCUGAGAGAGAAAAAAAACAGGGGGUGGGGGGGGAACGCUCCGCUGCUAUUUCUACAGGCGGUCCCUCCCCCCCCCAUGCCAAAAGAGGGAGGGAUUUUUUACUACUCGCCGUCCCAGGAUUUUAACCCUGUGCCUCCUCCUGCACUCCUCACUGUGCAGCAACAAGUGGCGUUCUUUCCUCCGACAACAUCCUUCACCCCCCCUUCAGGUUGUGUUGUCGGCUCCGCUUUGGGUUCUUCUCCUCGUGAGUCCUCUUUUAAGCCUUUUUGUCAAAUAUUUUCUCUUCCCAUCUCUCUUUUCUGCCCCACCCUCUCGUGUGUCUCCCUCUCUCUCACUCUCAUUCUCGCUCAGUGAAAGCAGAGCAGGAGGGCGGAGCGGCGGACCGGGCUUUUUCUGGGCCAGGUGCCAAUUCUAAACAAAAGGCACAGAACGCCAUAAAGGAGCGAGAUGAUUCCGAGCGGGGAGUUGUUGUGGGAGGGGGGUGAAGUAGCAUGCUUCAGGAACUGAUUGGCGGCAUGUGCGUCCUGUCCACGGGUCAACUGAUGUCCUCUUGUUUUAAUAGAAGGAGUUGCUGCACAGAUCCCCUCCUCAUCCCCUCCUCGCUGCGCUCCCGUGAAGGCAUUUGGCUUUGGAGCGGAGGGGGCGGGUGGAGUUGGGAUCAGGCAGCAGCAGAGGGGUGGAGCUUCGCCUUCUCUCCUCCCUUUGCAUUAUUCAUAUGCCCGGGCCAGCGCCGCCAUCUGACUGGCUGCCUGGCUUAGCAUUCAGCCAACGUGCAGCGGCUCUGUUUGCUAACAUUCCUCAUUCAAAGCCUUGUUAACUGCCAGACGGGAGGAACACGCGACUCCAUGGGAAACCACAUGGCCUCCCCAUUGUGGCGGGCCCUGACAGUCUCCGACAGUGGAGAGCCAGCGUUUGUAAAUAUCGGAGAGAAGUUAGCUGCUUUUCGGCAGGUUAACCCCCACCCACCCGUGCUCAGUCUGGAUCGAGGGGGCAGAAACCAGGCAUAGGGUCCAACAGAUGGGCACAGGCCACUACUUUUCCAGGACUCGGAAUAGGUCACUCGUGGGCAUACCCGCCUCGUCGUGCAGACUGAGUUCCUUCUCUGCGUCUCUGCGUCCACAGAGCGGCUAUGUGGACACGCUGCAUGUGGCGAGCAAAGGCGUCCACCACGAUGGACGGCGGCGAUCUCUCUCGGCAUCAAGCCUCACUGGGUAAGUCAGAGGGUCUGUGUGUGUGUGUGUGUGUGUGUGUGUGUGUGUGUGUGUGUGUGUGUGUGUGUGUGUGCAAAUGAGGGUGCGUGCACACAUGUAGUGGUUUUCUCUGCACAAAAUGCCGGGCAAGCGCUUUUGUUUGACCCCAUCCUGGAGUUCUGGGUGUUCGCAUGCUACCAUUCCGAGAAGCCGCUUGGGGGCAAACUGCAGGGGAAACAUGGCGUUGACCGUAUGAGACCGAAACCAGCUAAUAAUCUCCGCUCUGGUGCAUCCCCUUCUUGCAGUUUGUCGAGCUGUGCUAAACAGAGACGACGUGCAAGGGAGCAGAGCAGCAGUAGCCGUGCAGGGCUGGGCCCACGUCCAGACAGGGCCUGCUGCACAAGGCCAAGCCCACCAUCACGCUCGCUCUCGCGCUUUUUCACUCCGUCUUUCCCCUCUUCCCUCCCGCUCGCUUACUCCAGAACUAUUCGUCGCUAUUAUCACAUCUACUUUGUUCAUUUUAAAGUCCCCAAACAGCCCACACUUUUUAUUUUUGGUACAGGAGGCUGAAUAUUGGAAAAUGGGUCACGACUGACACGUGGCCACACAGGCCUGAGAGGUAAAGCGUUUUUUUUUUCUUUUUCUUUCCUUACAAACGUGCGUACGCUAACGUCUAACAUUUGCAUUAAGUUUGAUUUUUGAUAAGCUUUGUGAAAGUGCGACCUCAGUAAACGGGUUGGGCAUUUUAACCAGAAUGUUGCACCUUUUUAAAAGAAUUAAUACGACAUUAUUAGCAUUAGCAUCGCAGCCGCCCCACCCCUGAGAUACCCAUUUUUACGCAUUACUUUAAGACGAAAGCCGCGCUGAGUGGCUUUAAAGAAUCCCAUACACUUACUUAAAAUCAAUAAUAAUUGUAAUAUUUUUUAGGAUUGACGAGGACACUGGUAAUGGAGCGUGAUCACGAGGUAGGAGCGGAGGCGGCCUGAGUCACCAGCGAUACCUCUCACGCCUCCUACCUACUUUUCCUACCUACACCACAAGCGCCGCCAUGUCUGUCGCCCCGACAGGAAACCCCAAAGUUGCGUUUGCGCCCGACACGUCUGGACCCCUCCCCUCAGAGAUGAACGACACCAGUCGCUUGCUUCGGCUGCUCUGUUUGAACAUUAUCGGUACUAGCCGCUUGGAAAAAAAUAUACACCCAUUAUUUUCUUUUAUUAGCCUUAUUGGAGCAGGGCUUGAACAUUUAUUUGCUUAUGAGAAAAAAAAACAAAAAAACGGUCUAAUUAAUAUAGUAAGAUGUCAAAAUUAUUAAAAUAAAAUAGAUAAUAUAUAAAAUAUGUCAAAUAAAAUUGAGCAAAUUAAAAAAAACACUGCACUUACUUUUAUAUCACUACUACAGAGAUGAAAUGUAAAAUAGAUUUUUAAGUUAAGACAUAAAUAUUCUAUAUAUCAUAUGUGUAUAUAUAUGUCAUACAUUAUGUUGUGCACACAUAGUAAAAAUGAUGGGAACCCCCCCCCACACAUGCACACACACACACACACACAUAGUGCAAACAGCCAGACACAUUUGAUGCUGUGCGCCCCACAAUGAACCCUGGCUGCAAGGAUGAAUGGGGUUCCCACGCCUCUCCCAAGGAGCGCAGGGCACAGCCUCCUCCUCGGAGCAUUCACACACACAAUGGGCCCGAUACAGAUGGCCACUGUCUUACUUAAACACACACAGGUGCAUUGGGGGGGAAUGCAAAAAACACACACACACACACACACACACGCUUGCAAAAUUCAAAAUGCAUUUAGCAAAAUACAAACUUGGCAUUUGUGGAUUUUGGAAAACGGAGGUGAAAAACAAGCGUGUUAAACAUGAGUGUGUGUGUGUGUGUGUGUGUGUGUGUGUGUGUGUGUGUGUGUGUGUGUGGUUUUCACAUACACUGCAUUUCAGUGCUUACAUAUGCUACAAUAAUACAGAAAAUACCGAUUUAGAAAUACAAAUUUAGACUUUGAAAUAUGUAUUUUUUUAACUUUUAAAUGUAACAUAAUAUUUAUUUUAUACAUUACGUUUAAGUACACUUGUUUUUUUAUUUAUUUUAAUGGUUUGUUUUCCCUUUAAUUAAUUCAUAAAAAUGUAUGUAUAUAUUUGUUAAAAAGUCUUAAAUUAAAAUUUCUAUCGCUGGAGAAUAUUUAGGUCAUAUUACAUGUGUGCGUGUGUGUGUGUGUGUGUGUGUGUGUGUGUGUGUGUGUGUGUGUGAGAGAGAGCGAGAGUGAGGCAUUUUAACAGUUGUCUAACAUGCGGUGGUUUUCUGCUGUGUGUUCCAGACUUUUUGGGUAUUCUUCCAUCAUACAUAACAAUAUUAUUUGUAUUUUCGGUGCUUUGUGAAAUUACUUCCACAAAUUGCUUUUCAUGCUCCAUUUUUCAAAACUAUAAUUAGCAAAUAGAUGAAAGAGAAAAUGCUCACGUUAAACGCGAACGCCACAACAUGCGUUUGUGCUCGUUAGAAGAGAAGAAACGUUCAUGCGGAGUGUUAAGGUUCCUUUAAUAGGAGUGAUUGUGAUCACUGGAACAUAAGCGUAAUGAGCUGCUUCACGACCAAUGGACUCUAUCGACACCUUUAGUGUGUGUGUGUGUGGAUGUGUGUGUGGGUGCGUGUGUGCGUGUAUGACCACAUUUAGCUAAUGUCCUUCUCUUUCAUUUGCAGGCUGUGUGUGUUUCCUGCACUGAGCACCACAGGUUAAUUUUGAUGGCUUCAUCCUCUUGAGAACAAUCAUCUGUGUGCCAACACGUGGUCGCCUCCCUUCACUCAUUAUGGUGUCCUUUUGCAGAUGCCGAACACGAUCCGGCUGGCAUUGUCUCCCCGCACGCAGCGGCCACUGCGCCGGCGACGGACACGUCCCCGUCAGAGGCUCCUCAGGCGUGCGAUGGUUGUUGUGUCAAGUCAUCUAAAUCGCAGGCCAACCAAGAGAUGCAGAGCACGAGGCACACAGGAAGUACCUGGGACUCACGCGCAAUUGUCUUCAAAAUGACCCCUUUUUUUUUUUUUUUAACGGUAUGUGUGUUCCUCCUGAGGUGGACGCUCCGUCGUGGGACACGAGGAUGAGAUAAACUGUCCUUUGGGGUGAGGUAGUAGGUUGUAUAGUUUUAGGGUCAUUCCCAAGCUGUCAGAUGACUAUACAACUUACUGUCUUUCCUGAAGCGACUGUAAAGGCAGCGCCUUCAUUUGAUGCCGCUUGCGCACUGUCAACGUUGAUUUCUUUUUUUUUUAUGUGUCUUUCUCUGAUUGCAGACGGGGGGGAGUGUCUAUCUUUUAUUGCUGUCAGAGCUUCUUUGACAAAAUGAAAGGAGAGGUGAGCUACUGGCAACAUUUAUUUGUACUUUUUUACGCAGAUAUGCACGCAGUUGUGCUAUUUUUUGGCCAUUUAUCAUUAAAAAUGAGGCUUCAUGUCUGAAUUGACCCUUUGUUGAGCUCAGAAUUAUUACUGGUAGCUCUCAAGCUGCCUGUGGCGGACCCCUGUUGUUAUAGGCGCAUCUUAUAUGACUGUUAUGCUUCACUGUAGGUGACAAUAAAUAUCGGUUCCUAUUGUAACUGGCAUUAACGCUCACACGGGUGACUCAUGGUGUUCGUACAGGGUGAGGUAGUAGGUUGUGUGGUUUCAGGGUUGUGAUUUUACCCCAUCAGGAGUUAACUAUACAACCUACUGCCUUCCCUGGAGGGCAGCAAUACGUCCCGGGUGAUCACCGUGCUCGCAACACUGCCUUAAAUUGAUGAGGAUAUGUUGUCAAAAGGAUGCAUUGAUGGUGAGUUGUACUCAUUUGUGUUCAAACUGUGCUCUUUGAUUCAAAUUUGAAUAAAGAAUGGAAACAAAGUUGGACUGAUUGCCUUAAUGAGCUCAUAAUAUGCAUAACUAUAGCAUUAGGCUCUUUUAAGUAAAUAGAAAAACACCAUUUAAGUCUGACCUAAUUGUGUGGUAUUUACUCACAGUGGGCAAAGGAGAGCACCCUUGUUAUGCACCACCUUCCGAUAGAGGGCGUCAUAAACAAGUGUUGCAAUUAAAUAGGUUAGACAUUUUGGCGUGCGGUUUUUAAAAAAAUAGAAUUAAUUGUAGUCAACAAUGAACAUGAAAGCUCGAUUUUUAAUUGAAAUAUAUUUUUGUACCACUGACAUUUUUUCCUUGACGCUUAAUAUUAUCAUACCGAAGAUUUAUUUAAAAACUCAAUGGAACUCAACAAAGCACAUUAUAUACUUUUUACAUGAAAAUAUCGUAAUUUGUUACUUUGUAUCUGUUUUGUGUUGUUGUAGUCAUAUAAUUAUUAUUUUUUAAAUGCAACAUAAUGGUAAUACACGGUCGUGGAAACACAACCCAAUAAAAUUCCCUCUAAGCACAUGACAGAUGUGACACACAUGAUGACAUGAUGGCAAUAAAAAUGUGUUUUGUGUCAGCUGAUCAAGGGGGUGGUUGUAUAAACAGGAAGUAGGACAUUAUACCGGAAGUGGCUUUUUGUCAUUUACACGCUUUUUCUUUCAUUCUUCAAGACAUUAUCUCACAUAAAUGUGUCCAGCGUGUAGUUAAUUGUAAUUACUCAAAUGAAAUAAAUAUCUGUGUUACGUAAUUGACGCUAUUUUCGGUGUUUUUAAGCGAUACCCGGAAGUGCUUGUUGUUCCCCCCCGUACGCUGUGAUUGGUUCAAACUAUAGGUGUGUCAGGAGGUGUGCGCGUGCGGACGCGUGCUCUGCCUGCCGUCACUUCCUGUCUGAGGACGAAGGGCGAGUUGCGAGCGCGGAGCGCGGAGCGCGCAGGAGUGAGCACACGGAGCUGAUAAAAGCUGAGCUGAAACAUCUCCCUUCCUUGUCCGCACAACCAUCCCGACCGGAAGUCUGGAAAUGCUUGGGAGCCAAAUCUCUGCGUUUGGUGAGUGAGGUGCCCGUCAUCCACCAUGGCAGGCGACCUCUACUGCCCCCCAUCCCCACUAGGAGACUCCCUCCUGGACAGCCCCCUCUGUGCAGACCUCAUGGAGGAUCUUUGUGACAUCUCCCAGUCCAUUGGAGAAGACACACUUGGGUUUGAGUUCCCGGAGUAUCAGAGUCCUGGUUCUGGAUCUGGGAGCUCCAUUGCACUUGACACCUUGACCCCGGCCUCCAGCCCGUCACCGGGGGGUUGUGGAGCUGCGCCAGAGCCCGACGAGAGCUUCAGCCCCCUCAACUUGGAGUGCAGGGUGUGCUCGGACAAAGCUUCAGGCUUCCAUUACGGCGUGCAUGCAUGCGAGGGCUGCAAGGGUUUCUUCAGGCGAACAAUCCGGCUGAAGCUGGCGUACGAUAAGUGUGAGCGCAACUGCAAAAUCCAAAAGAAGAAUCGCAACAAGUGCCAGUACUGCCGCUUCGAUAAGUGCAUGUCUGUGGGAAUGUCGCACAAUGCCAUCCGUUUUGGACGCAUGCCCCAGGCGGAGAAGAUGAAGCUGAAGGCAGAAAGCAGGAUGGUGGAGAAGAAAAAGGAGGCCAGCCCCUUGUUGUCCGACCACAAGAUCCUGAUCAGGCGGAUCCAUGAAGCCUACAUGAAGAACUUCAGCAUGAACAAAGCCAAAGCUCGCCUCAUACUCACCGGAAAGACAAGCAAACCGCCUUUCAUCAUCCACGACAUGGAGACAUUCCAGCUGGCCGAGAGGACCUUCGCGGCCCACAUGGUGUCUGACAACCUGGAGCUCGACAGCGGCCUACCGGCAGGGGUGCUGGUAGCAGCUGUGGGAUGCGGCGGGCUCCAGCAGAAGGAGGCCGAGGCUCGCCUCUUCCACUGCUGUCAGAGCACAUCGGUGGAGACGGUCACAGAGCUCACAGAGUUUGCCAAGGCUGUGCCCGGCUUCCAGAACCUGGAUUUGAACGAUCAGGUCACUCUACUCAAGUACGGCGUCUAUGAGGCCCUCUUCACACUCCUGGCCUCGUGCAUGAACAAAGAUGGCCUCCUGGUGGCACGCGGCGGCGGCUUCAUCACCCGCGAGUUCCUCAAGAGCCUCCGUCGGCCCUUCAGCGACAUGAUGGAGCCCAAGUUCCAGUUCGCCACACGCUUCAACUCAUUAGAGCUGGAAGACAGCGACCUGGCCCUCUUUGUGGCCGCCAUCAUCUGCUGUGGAGACCGUCCAGGCCUGGUGGAUGUCCCUCUAGUGGAGCAGCUCCAGGAAGGCAUCGUGCAAGCCCUGCGGCUCCACCUGGUGGCCAACCACCCAGACGACCCCUUCCUUUUUCCGAAACUUCUGCAGAAACUGGCCGACCUCCGAGAGCUGGUCACAGAGCACGCUCAGUUGGUGCAAGAAAUUGAGACAAUGGAGGACACCUCACUGCACCCCCUCUUGCAAGAAAUCUACCGGGACAUGUACUAACUUAGAGAUACACAACUGGGUCCACUUCAUGCUGUUCUAUAGCCAACACAACAGAACAUGUUGUAGAGGGAGAAGCACUAUGAAAAUGGGGCCAUAGAUUGCAUUAAAAACUGUGACAGAAGCAAUCAUACGUUUAAAAAAAAAAAAAUUAAAAAAAUUGCCUAAAUAGUGUGCUGACCAAGCGAUGUCAAACUUAUUUACCACUGUAUAUUAUUUAAACAGAUUUUCAAUGUGUGAUAUGUUUUUUUACUAUUGAGUAGCAUUGCAUGCACAUUUAAAGGUGACUUCUGGAACUACAAAUGUGGCUUCAUUCUAAUCUUUCAUACAAAAUACUGUGUGAAACCACUUGUUUUGAAAGCGACAAACUUACGUUAUAUUUUGUGAAAGGGAUACAGAAUGUAUUUGACUUUUUCAUUAUGGUUCAUUAUUGGUUACUGACAGUCGUCGCUGUUUUCUGUAAUAAAUUGAGUUAUUGCAUUAACCGAAACGGC